GGCUGGCCGCGGGGCCAUGGAGCCGCUGGUGCUGCUCAAUGCCCUGGCCACGCGGCUGCUCUUCGUGCUUCACUCGCUGGUGGGCGUCUGGCGGGUGACCGAGGUGAAGAGGGAGACCCGCUUCUGGCUGCUCACACUUCUUCAUCUCCCGCUCGUCCUGGAGACGGUGCUCACGCUGAAGAAGCGCCGCGGCCGAGGCUACCCCGGAUUUUCGCCCGCCAUAUUUUUCUAUCUGAUUAGCAUUGUACCAUCGUUAUGGCUCCUGGAAAUGCAUCAUGAGACGCAGUACUGUAGUAACCAGGCCGAAGGACUGUCCCGGAAUACCAGUAGCAAGAGGGACUUCAAUCAAACUCAGCUGAUGAAAAGCCAAAACUCAGGCGCCGAGGCUCUCCUUGAGACGGCCAAAGAUUUUGUCAAUAAUUUAUCGACUGUGUGUGAAAAAGUUUGGACUCUGGGACUCCACCAGACCUUCUUGUUAAUGCUGAUUAUUGGAAGAUGGCUUCUACCCAUUGGUGGAGGAAUCACACGGGACCAGUUAUCUCAGCUUCUUCUCAUGUUUGUGGGGACUGCAGCUGACAUACUUGAGUUUACUAGUGAGACCCUGGAAGAACAAAAUGUGAGAAAUAACCCUGGACUUGUUUAUGCAAUACUUGCCAUUUGGACCUGGAGCAUGCUACAGUUUCCACUUGACCUCGCAGUACAGCAUUUUGUCUGCCCCUCAACUGUGACAUCUAAGAGGUUCACCAGUUUGUUCCUCUGCCAAUAUAGUGCUGACGUGUGGAACAUUGGAAUCAGUCUCUUCAUCCAGGAUGGGCCUUUUUUGGUGGUCCGCCUCAUCCUGAUGACCUAUUUUGAAGUGAUCAACCAGAUGCUGGUAUUCUUCGCUGCAAAGAACUUCCUUGUUGUGAUGUUGCAACUUUACCGCUUAAUCGUGUUGGCGCUGGAUGUUCAGGCUUCCUUGAAGGAACGGCAGAACAGCCUGAGAGGAGAAGACAGCUUUCCAACCAAGCCUAGGGAAAGGGAGCUUUCACCCUGUACUGGAGAUAGUGAAACCACAGAGGAAGCACCUAUUCCUCUAGUGGAUUCCCCAGGGACAGCUGAGUGUUGCUGAAUUCAGAAAUUGUCUUCCCAAAUAGUAAGGUAUUUCAGCAACAUUCCAAGCAUUUAGUAAGUGCUUCCUCUUUGCCAGGCACUGGGGAAAUAGACUGAAAUGAAUCUCUUACCACAAGGAGUUUUGAGUCUACUAGAAAGUAAACUUCUGUAAAGUUCUCUCUUUUUAUUUCUGAAUCUUUUUUGUAACAUCUGAAUAUGUCAUUGUGACUUGAUCUUUUUUCCCAUCUUAGCACAGAACUUUGUUUAAAGAUUAAAAAAAAAGAGGAAGAAAAGAUUUUCAAGAAUCACCAAGAGAUUUAAAAAAAAAAUGACUGUGAUGAAUGAAGGCUCUUUGGCUGAUUGCUAUCAUUCUAACUUUCAUCUGAUGGAAUCAGGAAGUACCAGUCCAGAGAUGCAAGAGCUCUGAAUGCAUAUGAACAAUAUGCAGAGAUGUCAUUGGGUUUUGGUUACACAUCCUUGGAAACUAUUCCAUAGAAAGAUGAAAUAUCAAAAAGGUCACCUGAAAAUACAGAGCCUUGGACUUUGUCUCCACCAACAGAAUGUCUCCUUUUCAAUUUCCACCAAUGUCUUUGUGACAUAAAAGGUUAUAUUCAGUGAAUGCAGAACAGAUCAAAGAAAGAUUUUUAAAAUGUCCUAAAAAUUACCUCAUUGUGGGCAGGAUGCUAGGGGAAACCCCUGCCCAUUCAUAGCUGCAUAGGUCAUCCCAGGAAAAAAAAAUCUUGUUCCUGGACCUAUAGAUUCCUUCACAAUGGUAUCUGGACUCUCAAAAAAUAGUAUGAAAAAAAUAGUAUGAUACUUGGAAACAAUUCAGUGGAAGCCCCUUCUUUUCCAUGUACAGGCCCAUCCUGCCCAGUGCUAUUUAUUGGUUCUACUUAAAAACACCAUGGUAGGUGAAACAAUAUUACAGGGACCAACAUCCCAUGGCAACAAUAUCAGGAAUGGAUGGUUGGCCAGAGAAUGUCACAGUGAAUUUUCACAGUUUCAUGGUGGAGUUUGGUUAUAAGUUAUCAAUGAUAUUGUUGCAAAACAGCCUGAGUCAGGUCUCCUUAUAUAGAUUGGGUGGGAACACCAGCUUCUGCAUCAGAAAUGCUGGUUCCUUCCUGCCAAGCAAAGUGGCUGGUUUUGCUCUUUGAAGCAUACAGCACUGAAUUUCCUAAUCAUAGAUUAGGGUUGAUUUAUGAAGACUCGUUGGGUCCAAGCCUCUCAUUGUACAGAUUGGGAAACUGAGGCCCUGGGGGAUGAUAAGAUCAUAAAUAGAGGGUUCUAUGGGACCUUAAUGUCAUCAAGCUUAGGCCCCACAUUUGAGAAAUGAGGCAGUGGAGACCUGCAGAAGUUAAAUGCCCAAGCUUCAGUGCCUGGAUUCAGACCCAAGUCUUCUGACUCAAGAUCUAAUACUCUAGACCUUCUUGCCUCCUAAAGCCUUGCUGUACCAUUUCAACUGGAGCCAUAAGCAAAUCAUUAUAGAAAGUGCUUGUACAAAGAAUGUGGAAUUUAAUAGCUGGCCUUUAUUUGGCAUUUUUACAUUUGAUCUCAUUGGAUCCUCACAAUGACCUGUGAGGUCGGUGCUAUAAGUAUCCCUCUUUUAUAGAUGAGCAAACUAAGGCAAAGGUUUGCCUGACUUGUUCAGAAUCACCCAGCUGCUAAGGUGUCUGAGGCAAGAUUUGAACUCAGGUCUUCCUGACAUCAAAUGUACUG